AUGGCCCCAAUCAGACCAAAUCCGACCCUUUCCAACGAUCUCAUCAGCGAGAUUCUCGUUCGCGUGCCAGUGAAAUCUUUACUCCAGUUCCAAUUAGUCUCCAAGACCUGGCUUUCCCUGAUUAAAGACCCGAGUUUCGUCAAAGCUCAACUCCGCCGAGCAAUCGCAACCGAAACUGAUGAAAGCCUUAUCAUGACUCGCUAUACCUAUAUGACAGAUACUGAAAAUGCUACACUGAAAUUUUCAGUCUUGGACGUUGAUUCUCGUCAAAUUGUGUCUGAUCUGAAGUAUCCGUACACUCAAGGUGAGUCUCAACAAGUAGCUCCUGCUUUUAGAAUCGUCGGUUCUGUUAACGGCAUUGUUUGUGUUGUCUUUCACCACAAUCUAAGCGAACAUAGUUUCUAUCUGUGGAAUCCUGCUACUGGACAAUCAAGAGCUGUUCCGGCAUGUGCCUUGAGGACUUCCCGCGCUUUGGGUUUUGGUUAUGAUCCGGUAGAUAAUGAUUAUAAGAUUGUUAGUGUUGUGUCGAGGCCUUCGCUUCCUACUGAGGUGUAUUCGGCUAAUAGGAAUGUAUGGCGAAAAGUUCCUAGUGAGGAUUUUAUGUUUGGCAUUAAUGGUGGCUUCAUUCUAGGCUAUUUUGAUGUAUCUGUUAAUGGAUUUUUAUUUGGUGUCGAGGAGGAUGCUAUGAUUGUGUUUGAUUUGAACACGGAGGUGUUGAAUUGUGCUAUUAAGCUCCCUCCUGCUAUCGCUUCUGCUAUUGAAGCUGCUGAUGCUGGUCUUGCUGUUAUUGCUGCUGUUGGUGGUCAUGACGCCCUCAUUUCUUAUGCAGCUCGACCUAAAACUCGUAUUAUCGAGUAUAAUAAGUCUAUUGCUGUUAUAACACUGUGGGCUAAUGCACUGAAUGAUGAUUGGACUGAUCAUAAGAGAUUCAACAAGGCGAUUAACUUGUGGAAGUUGGAAGAUGAUUCAUGCCUUCGAGGUGAUGGAGUUGAGGCAUCAUGGACGCUAAUGUUUAGUAUUGAUUUACCGAUGAGGCCAGCACAUCUUCUUAAUGGCUAUUACAGCAAUGGGGAUCUCGUACUACUGGUAGCAAAUGUUGAUGACAGGUGGAUAUGGUGUAAUGCCAGCAAGAAAGAGGCUAAGAUUGUUCGAGUUGAUAUGGUUGAUCAUUGUCACACUCAUUAUCUUUACAGGUACACGGAGAGCCUAGUUUCACUUUCAGGAUUCAAACAAAUCAGCUGGAAUCGUGGCUAUGGUGAUAAUUAA